AUCACGGAGCAGGUGGCGAAGAUGCUGAAGAUGAAGGCCUCCGGGGCCCCUGACGAGGGGAAGCAGAAGUUUGUGCUGAAGACCCCGAAGGGCACGAGGGACUACAGUCCCAAGCAAAUGGCCAUCCGGGAGAAGGUCUUCCGCACCAUCAUCGAUUGCUUCAAGCGCCAUGGGGCCGAGACGAUCGAGACACCGGUGUUUGAGCUGAAGGAAACUUUGACAGGAAAGUAUGGAGAAGACUCGAAACUCAUCUAUGACCUGAAGGACCAGGGGGGAGAGCUGCUGUCUCUUCGCUACGACUUGACUGUGCCCUUUGCCCGCUACCUGGCAAUGAACAAGAUCACCAACAUCAAGCGUUACCACAUCGCCAAAGUCUACAGGCGGGACAACCCAGCGAUGACCAGGGGCCGCUACAGAGAGUUCUACCAGUGUGACUUCGACAUCGCCGGCCAGUACGAUGCCAUGAUCCCCGACGCGGAGUGCCUGAAGAUUGUUCAUGAGAUCCUGAGUGCUCUCCAGAUUGGGGACUUCCUCAUCAAGGUUAACGACCGGCGUAUCCUGGAUGGGAUGUUUGCAGUUUGUGGUGUUCCAGAUAACAAAUUCCGGACAAUUUGCUCCACUGUGGAUAAGCUGGACAAGAUGGCCUGGGAGGACGUGAAGGGCGAGAUGGUGGGCGAGAAGGGGCUCUCCCCGGAGGCUGCGGACCGCAUCGGGGGCUACGUGAGGCUCCACGGUGGGCUGAAUCUGAUCGAAGAGUUGCUCCAGGAUCCCGAGCUGUCCCAGAACAAGCUGGCCAGGGAGGGGCUUGGGGAAAUGAAGCAGCUCUUUGAGUACCUGGCCAUUUUUGGCAUUUCCGAUCAGAUUUCCUUCGACCUGAGCCUGGCUCGUGGCCUGGACUAUUACACGGGGGCAAUAUACGAGGCGGUCCUUCUCGAGCGGCCGAAGGAGCACGCAGAGGAAGCUGCCGGGGUGGGCAGCGUGGCCGGAGGGGGCCGCUAUGACGGCCUGGUGGGGAUGUUUGAUCCCAAAGGGCGGAAGGUGCCCUGCGUGGGAGUCAGCAUCGGCAUUGAACGGAUCUUCUCCAUCAUGGAACAAAAGGUGGAGGCUUCCGAGGAGAAGAUCCGGACGACGGAGACCCAGGUCCUUGUGGCCUCUGCCCAGAAGAAACUCCUGGAAGAGAGGCUGAAGCUUGUGUCUGAGCUGUGGGACGCGGAGAUCAAGGCCGAGGUCCUCUAUAAGAAGAACCCCAAGCUGCUGAACCAGUUGCAGUACUGCGAGGAAGCAGGGAUCCCGCUCGUUGCCAUCCUGGGGGAGCGGGAGCUGAAGGACGGAGUGGUGAAGCUGAGGGAUGUCGCUGCGCGGGAGGAGGUGGAUGUUUGCAGAGGAGAACUGGUUGAUGAAAUCAAGAGACGAACAUGUCCUCCUUAGGGAAAUUUACCAGAUUAUCAUGGGAAGAUUUGCAGAUUUCGCUAUAAAAAUGCCCUGCCCGUUUUGUUCAUAAAACUCCCUUCAGUGGGAGGAGGUUGUCCUGCAGCUGUACUCGUUGCGCUAUGAAGUUCCUCUUCGCCAGGCUUGAACCACACUGGAAAAUAAUCUUUCAAAAAGUCAGUUGCUCUCCCAAAAGAAUUUUGAAGCACCAUGUGGAGAGAUUUCUAGAGGACACGGUCUGGUGUGAGAAUGUUCCAGUGAUGACGCUGUUACUAUCUGCAGUGGCCAAGGCUGGGCACCCGCUUCUGGCUUUCGAGCCCUUGCACUCUGUUCCGACUGAUUAUUACCAUUUUGAAAACAGCAUUUGCCAAUUAAACGUACUCCAGCCCCGUG